GUCGCAGCCUCCACGGCACCUGCUGCCUUUGGAGGCCCGCUCGCAUACGCAGCUUGUCAGACUGGCUGCAACACUCUCGCUGUGGCGUGUUAUGCAGCCGCGGGCUUUACGUUCGGGACGACGAUUGUAGCUGGACCUCCGGCUAUCGUUGCUUGUAAUGCCGCUUUAGGCACAUGCAUGACUGCCUGUGCCACUGUGGCAUUGUUUGCACCGACGCCGUGA